CGUAAACCUCUCUCUCUCUCUCUCUCUCUGCUCAUGUCUGCUAAGCCCAUGGACAAACCCAGCUAGCAUUUACCCGUGUGAGAGUGCGAGAGAGCUGAGCUCAAGAAGACAGGAACGGGGUAUUGGAGGGGGAGGUUUCUGGGUGAAGGAUGGACCAGAGCAGCGGUGGAAGUUCAAGCGAUACCGCCGGCAUCGGCGUCGGCGGCGGUGGGGGCGGCGGGGGCAUUGUGGUGGGCAAACAGAGGAGGGCGGGGUUCCAGGGGAUCAGGGUACAGAAUCCGUUUACUUUCAAGGUGGGUCAAGUAUUCACUGGCUUUGGCGUCGGCUGCGGUGUUGGUAUCGGCGUCGGCCGCCCCAUAAAUAUGGGUGCGAUUCCGGUUGUGAACCAAGUCAUGAGCGCCACCAGAGGAGCCACUGAUGCAUUCUCGGGUGUUACGGCACAUGUCAAUAAUGCUUUAAAGAAGGUUGGAGCAAAAAACAUCGAAGCAGGCAUUGGGUGUGGAGUUGGCUUUGGCCAUGGUUUUGGUGUCGGACUUGCUUUGAAGCCUGGAGUGAUGAACCAGAUACAAUCUAGUUUUAUACAAUUGAUGACGAAGAUGAUGUCCAAGUUUGGGAUGGGGCCCAAUUUACCCAUCGGUCCAGGGGCUCUUCCCGGUUCUCUUCAGGGUGGCAUGAGCAUGAUUAGUGGGCCUCUAAGCCAGAGUCCAAUGGGAAAUAUGAUGCAAUUGGGCACAAAAUCACUAGAUAAUACUUCACAAACGCUACCUGGAUAUGGAAAUAUGGGAUUUAGUUCCUAUCAGAGUAUUGCAUCUAGUAGCUCUCCUGAUCUCUCCGUUGAGAGUCGUACUGAAAAGGUUCUCAGCAGCUUUCUACAGAAUCCAGUUUUAAAACAGGAGGAUGAUACUAAAUUAAAUGAUCUGGUAGGAAGCUUGCGAUCGGAAAAUAACAUGCUUCAAAUGGUUCUAAAGCACCAGCGGAUCAUUGAGGAGCUCCAGGAGGAGAAUGAAAAGCUUCGUCAGAUACUCAUAGAAGAUCUAAAAGUCUCUCCUAGCAAGAUCGAUACCUCUUACUGGAGUAAACGGUGGUCUCCUUGUACUGAUUGCUUUGAAUGCCGAAGGAAACAAAGAAGAAAAUGAGAACAUAAUACUUCAUUCAAAGUCAUAAUAGGAAAAAGUCCUCAUAUGGGGGCCUCUGAGUCUGAGUUGAGUAAGCAUCUACACCAGUUUACAGGUCACUCACUAGAAGUUAUAUGAAAAGAAUGUUCCAUUCACCACAGCACUAUAAUGUUGAGGAAGAUGUGUACACAAGUUUGAUCGGAGCUACUGACAUAGGUUUUGCUUUUCGGUCCUUCUCAUUACGGGAUACCGCGGGUAUGAGUGGGAUGCAUUUACCAUUCUUCAAGUAACAUGAGCAGCAUUUUCCUGUAGAGGUAAUUUAAGCUUCUACAAUGAGGUCUCUUAUUUUCUUUCUUCGAUUUCGCAGACAAAGUUGAGCUUUCAAUCUAUCUGUAUGAUGUUACUCGCAUUGCAAUGUCAUUGCUCUUUGAUGUACAUCUAGCCUCAAGCUCUGUAUAUUGUGAUAUUGCUAUGGCAAUAUUUAUAGUUUACGACUUAAUUCAUUGCUCUUGGUUGUUCUUC